CCGGGAAGUUAAGCAGGCUGACUGAGGUCGAGACAGCAAAUAAACCCAGCUCGACGUCGUAGCACGAGUAAGAGAACCUGGGAAAACGAAAGAAGAACGGAAGGAAGUGAGGACGACAAGGUUGACGAGGACUGCCAGGACUCGGUGGGCAGAAAACGAAAGAGUGGAAGAAGAAAGAGGAGAAGAAGGAGAAGGAGAGAAGAAAGAGAUAGGGCAAGAUUUUAGAGUUUCAGAGACGCAUGCAGGCGCGCACACACGUUUACACAUACACACACAUACACAUAUGCACACAGAUAGAUGCUUGUACAUACACAGGGACAUUCAGAAGGAUUGGCUGCCCUAGUAAGCUCAAGAGGAUGCAGUUGGCACAACUAGCGGAGGUGGCACGUACCGCCGAGAUAGGACACCCACCCACACAUUGGUCUCAGUUGUUCUCUCAAUCACGCACGCGCACACUCUGAGGAGGGAAGCUCCAAGGGACAGUCAGACAGACAGAUACACAGACAGAUACACGCACUGAAAGACAGACCGACCGACAGACAGACAGGCUUACACACACACACGCACGCACACACGCACACACACUCACACAGGAAGAAAAGAAGGCACGAAGGAAUCAAGUGGCGAACACUCUUAAGUGAACUGAUCCAUCCCGUCAUCUCCACCACAACCAACUCAGGAACGGAGGAGCAAGUCGAAAAGCCCAACUUGAAGCUCGUCACCCGCCCUUGCUCCACCCCUAUUCGCUCCACCCCUCGACGGCAACCAAACCAACGCUACUCCUCUCGCUCAACUCUUUCGAUCUACCAUGAGACACCAGACUAGGCUUAACACUGAGCUCUGGGGCGUACCCAGACAGUGCUUCUCGCCCCCUAGGUCCACACGUUUGUUGGUCUCCCCCCACCCCUAGGGCACAGCCUGCCCGAGGACGACGAGCAUUUGAACGCACACUAUGGAUCCUUGUGGCGAUUGGUCCGCCCUACGGAGCUUGUUCCUCCAACUUUCAUAGACUAGAGCUUGUGGCUCGCUUGUGUCCUAAAGUCCCCGAACCUCUGAAUGGCCCCUGGGAGCCUCCCUCUGGUUCAUUUCGUCAGUUUAAGGCUAGCUUGAAGACGGCCACACGCCCCUAUUAUCAUUGAAGACACUUUCAUCAUUCUACUUUUACCAGCAACAUCAAGUUUAGUACAAGGUGCGUAUUUCCCUGCCUGCCUCAAUUCCUCAUUCCUAUGAUUGGAUCCAGUGUCAUUAAGAAUUCGACUCCGUUGUCUCGAUUAGCCAAAAUUACCUCUUGGACCUCGUUUGUAGGCCCUUGAUUUUGGCUCUGUGGCUGUGUUUCUUCUUGUGGUGUACAGGGAAGCCUAACCUACCAUUGGCUCUUCAAGAGCUGGCUUCAAGAUCUUUUUGUGCUGGUGUUGGUCGGUCAGAAAAUCCUUUUUUAUCAUGGCGGAUUUGGAAGCGGUGUUGGCCGACGUAUCCUAUUUGAUGGCCAUGGAGAAGAGUAAAUGUACUCCGGCUGCCCGAGCUUCCAAAAAGAUUAUUCUCCCUGAUCCUAGUGUGCGGAGUGUCAUGGUCAAGUACUUGGAGAAGAUGGGCGAGAUCCAAUUUGAUAAGAUAUUUAACCAACGCUUGGGCUAUCUGCUAUUUAAAGACUUUUGUCAGAAUGUCGUACAAGAACCUGUGCCCCAGUUCAAGUUCUACGAGGAGAUCAAAAAGUACGAGAAGAUUGACAGCAACGAAGAUCGGAAGCGAAAAGCUCGCGAGAUCUACGACACAUUCGUCAUGAGGGAGUUGCUGUCAAAUUCCAAUUUGUAUUGCAAAAGCUCGGCCGAGCAAGUGCAAAAAAAUCUCGGCAAGGCGGAGAUCCCGCAAAACCUUUUUGAACCCUACGUGGAGGAGAUUUUUGCCUACCUACGCGGAAAUAUUUUUCAAAAGUUUGUGGAGAGUGAGAAGUUCACUCGUUUUUGUCAGUGGAAAAACCUUGAGCUCAACAUCCAAUUGAGUAUGAACGAUUUCUCGGUUCAUCGCAUCAUAGGUCGUGGUGGCUUCGGAGAAGUGUACGGGUGCCGCAAGGCCGACACCGGCAAAAUGUACGCGAUGAAGUGUCUGGACAAGAAGCGGAUUAAGAUGAAACAGGGAGAGACGUUGGCGCUCAAUGAGCGCAUCAUGUUGAGUUUGGUGAGCACAGGACAAGAUUGCCCAUUUAUUGUGUGCAUGACCUACGCUUUCCAUACACCAGACAAGCUCUGUUUCAUUUUGGAUCUCAUGAAUGGCGGCGAUCUCCACUACCACUUGUCGCAGCAUGGUGUGUUUGACGAAAACCAAAUGAAAUUCUACGCAGCCGAAGUGAUUUUGGGCCUUGAGCACAUGCAUCGACGAUAUAUCGUUUACAGAGACCUCAAACCAGCCAACAUCCUUUUAGACGAACAUGGUCACGUUCGAAUUUCUGACUUAGGCCUGGCCUGUGACUUCAGUAAGAAGAAGCCUCAUGCCUCUGUGGGGACCCAUGGGUACAUGGCCCCCGAGGUGCUGUCCAAAGGAACGGCAUACGAUUCCAGCGCUGACUGGUUCAGUUUUGGAUGCAUGUUGUAUAAACUAUUGAAGGGCCAUAGUCCAUUCCGACAGCACAAAACAAAGGAUAAACAUGAAAUUGACCGCAUGACCCUCACCAUGAACGUGGAACUGCCAGACACUUUUUCUCACGAGCUUCGAACGCUUCUAGAGGGCCUCCUGCAAAGGGACGUCGAUAAGCGAUUGGGCUGUAAAGGGGGAGGCUCCGAUGAACUGAAAGAACAUCCGUUUUUUCGUGGCGUCGACUGGAAUCAGGUCUAUCUUCAAAAAUAUCCUCCGCCCUUGAUCCCUCCGCGUGGCGAGGUGAAUGCAGCCGAUGCAUUUGAUAUUGGAUCAUUCGACGAAGAGGAUACGAAAGGAAUAAAAUUGACGGACCAGGACCAAGAUCUGUACAAGAAUUUUCCUUUAGUGAUAUCCGAACGAUGGCAAUCUGAAGUGGCCGAUACAGUGUUUGAUACGAUUAAUCAUGACUUUGAUAAAGUUGAGCAAAAAAAGAAGUCGAAGCAGAAAAAAUUCGGCACCGACGAAAAAGACUCGGACUGCAUUCUACAUGGGUACAUCAAAAAGCAAGGCGGCCCUUUUGGAUCUGCUUGGCAAACGCGCUAUGCUAAGUUGUACCCUAAUCGCCUUGAAUUGCACUCGGAAAGUAGCAAGCCCGAGUUGACAUUUAUGGAUCAAAUCGAGGAGAUCAACACAGACUUGAUCCAGGUCAAAAGCGAACAAUGCAUUGUACUGAAAACGCGAGAUGGUAGUAAGAUCGUGCUCACCAAUCCCGACGAAAUUGGCUUAAAGGAAUGGUCAAUCUCACUACGAACGGCUUUGAAGUGCUCCCAUGAGCUUCUUUCGGGUUUGAAAAAGGCUGGAAAGAUUUAUGGGACCGUUUCGGAUGCCACGAGUUCAACAAGUGCCAACUGAUUUUUGUUCUACGUUUCGGAGGAGCUUUUCUCACGAGUUAUGCCCCACGGCACCAUCGCUAUUGCAAUUAUUGCUACAACCCUUCACCAACCAACACCCUCAUUCACAUUAUACCCACUGCGAUCAAUAUCCAUCCAAACGAUCGAUUCUCCACGUUCAUUAUCAUCACAACAACAACAACAACAACACGUGUUUUGAUCGUUGCGGUUUCCUUUGCCUUCAUAUUUCUUCUCUCUAUAUCUCUUGGAAAUUUCCCCCGAUAUUUCCCUCCAUUAUUGAUAUGUAACUAAAAAGAAACUAUCACCAUUGUGAAAAGAAUGGACUGUUGACAUUUUAACAGCUAUUAUUAUUAUUAUUAUUAUUAUUAUUAUUAUUAUUAUUAUUAUUAUUAUUAUUAUUAUUAUUAUUAUUACAGCAACAACAAUUAUCA